AUGUCUGAUGAAGCGCUUACCAGCGCAAUCCCUGCUGCAUCUUCAGAGGACCUCAAUUCGGCUCGUUGUGAUGCCUGUGCAACUGGAAAUGUCUCCAUAGUGGAGACUUUGCUGGGAUGUCCCAGGAAAAACGUCAAUACUACCAGAGAUGGCCUGACGACUUUGUACAUCGCAACAAGUCAUCACCAGCUGGACGUGCUUAAGCUGCUUGUACACCAUGGAGCCGACGCGAGUUUGAAGUCACGGGGAAAAUAUUCGUCAACUUCGCAGUCCGAUACAGAGGCCAUCUUAACGCCGCUCCACGGAUUUCUCAGGCCACGCAGAGCGAGACGGAGGUCAGAGCCAUUACCGACUGAGAUUUUUGCUCAGGUCCUGUCCUUACUUCGUCGCUCAAAAUGCGACCUGAACGCUCCCGAUGAAACCGGAAGAACAGUCCUACAUGAAUCCAUCCGUAAUGUGAACGCUGCGGACGACUAUGGAUCCACCCCUUUUCAUCAGUUGAACUUAUAUAAAUCAGAAGAUAACUUCCAGCUAUUCAUGGCCCAUGGGGCAAGACUAGAUGAAAAGAUAGAUUCGGAUGGUUGGACCCCUUUGCAACGCUUUGCCGCUAAAGGAAAUUUAGGCGAUUUAUCUUUGUUUCGGCCUCACGUUACAGAUUGGAAUGGAGUCGAUGUUGAAGGCAAUACACUACUACAUCUCGCAGCGGGACAUCAUCGACCUGGAAGUCUGACGAUAUCUGAACUGCUUAAGGAAGGCCUACAUGUCAACCGGAAGAACUUGAAAGGAAAGUCUCCAUUACACAUGGUAGAUGGAUCUUUAGAGUGGUUUGAGGCUACAGUAGAUGUCUUUCUCGCUGCUGGUGCCGAUAUCGAGAGUAAAGACAAUCAAGGCUAUACACUGCUGGCAUGUGUUGUGCUGCAGGCGGUUGACUAUGAACGGAAAGUCUCUUACUUGAUAAAGCGAGGAGCCAACAUCAACACGCAAGACUACAAGGGCAAUGGGGUGUUGCAUUAUCAACGCGGACAUGGGGAACGAGGAAUCAAAGCACUUGAAUUUCUUUUAUCGGUCGGGGCAGAUCCAUCUAUGAGAAAUUAUGAUGGAGAUACCGUUAUACAUUGUCUUUCGGCAGAUUUCGCCUCAUUCAGGGACAAAAACGAGAUAUACAUCAUUAAAAAGCUGCUGGACGCGGGGAUAUCCCCUACUCAGGUUAACUUCAAGGGGCAAUCUCCGCUGUAUCUCUCGUGCCGUCAGGUGUCCGACUAUAUGUUCUUGCCCACAGUAUCCGGCGACAAGAGAGCAAUCGACCUUAUUUUCGGUGCAGGGCUAAUAGCAGCAUUAGAGAUAGCGGAUUCUGAUGAUACCACUGCAACCACCGGCGAUGGCAGGAAUCUGCUUCAUAUUGUGGCUACAGCGCGUCAAGCCAAUAUAGUUGGACUUCUACUUGAGCAUUAUACCUCUAUUGAGCAAUCCUCACUGGUGAAUAAACGGUGUAAGAAUGGCAGAACCCCUUUGCAUGAUGCAUGCCAAUCAGGAAGAUUGGAAACGGUAAACCUACUUCUCGAAUUUGGAGCCGACGUCAACGCGGAAACCGAGGAAAAGUUCGGCCGUGGAAAGACUCCUCUGCUAGUCUGUGCUGAAUAUACACAAGAAGAAAAGAGAUGGCCGGUUCAUUCAGAACUCCCCAAGCUCGAUGGUAAGGUCAGCGCCGCCGGAAUAUUGUCAAAGGAUGAUAAAAGACCCAACCUACCACAGUUACUAGAUAAAGUCCAACGAGAUCCUAUUCGCAGGCUAGAAGUCACCUCGGAGAAUGAUACAACAAAUGUGGCUGGGAUUCUUCGAGCUCUCGUCGCACGUGGAGCCACUCUCACUCACGACCCGUCACGCAUGCCCCUCGUGAUGGAGGCCGUUUUUAGUGGAUCCAGAGAGUUGGUAACAGAGCUUGAACGGCUAUUGGAAGAAAAUGGUAUACAAAGUAUGCGUUUCCCAAAUUUCGGACAGUUGUAUCUCACACUUGCUUCUCGACACCUUCCGGACAUGCUUGGUGUUUGCUUCAGCGAGCAUGUUAGCGAUCAAACAGUCUCUCACCUAUUGCUUCUCCGCCAUUAUAACGCCUUGGCUGAAGGAUUGGCGAAACAUGCAGAUGGCGCACAUGUACAGACUGCUCUCCCUGGAAUUUUGGUAACACUAGCGAAAUGGGGAUAUACCGAUCUGUUCAAACGCCUCGGAGAUCUCAUGGUAGAUCUAAGCUGGAUCAAUGGAGGAAUGAACAGAUUUAAGAAGCCACUCAUACCGUACCUUCUCAUCGCUGCAGAGCGAAAGGUUCCCAAUCUGGAAGUUAUAAAGCUUAUGGUGGAAAACUUCAAAGCAGAUGUCAACGUUCAAUUCCAAACUGGAGUUGAGAUUCGACCGAAACUCCCCUUCCAAUCAACAGUAUGGCUGAGGCGCGCCUAUAAACCCGGAGAAAGCGCUUUACAUUACCUUGCAAAGGGAGGUCAAUGGUGGCAUACGAAAGCAGUUCGAUACCUGCUUCAGCACGGAGCCGAUCCCAAUCUGCAAAGCGCCAGUGGUAGUACGCCGUUGUUGAAUGCAGUACACAGAUCCCUGUCCGAAUCAUAUCAAAGGAAAGAAAUCGUCAAGGCCUUGCUCGAAGCCGGCGCUGACCCCAACGUCCCUAGUAAGAACGGCUGGACACCACUCAGCCUGGCAACUUAUGACGUUGGACUUUUCCGCCUACUGCUGGAGAACGGCGCAUCCCUGGAAAAGCACGCAAGCCGGACAAUGUUCGCUUGCCUCGACAAUUUGAACCUCUAUGUUCUAUCUGUUCUCCUGGACAGUGGAAUCGACUGCAACACGACUACGCUACAGAAGGAAGGGAAUGCGUGGUAUUCCCAGCGUUUUCAUGACGACAGCAAACUAACGAACUUCGCCCUCCACCCUCUCCACUACCUAUCUAUGCCAGGCUUCAAUGGACCACACACUCGAGCCCGCGCUAUUGAUAUUAUCCAACACUUACUACAACAUGGAGCAGUGCCCUUCCGAGCCUGCUGCGACGAAACCACAAUUCUCCACCACAUCUUCGAGCACGGGGGAAUCAUCCAGCCCUUUCUCGAGAUACCAGAUCUAGAUCUCGAGAGGCGAGAUACCCAAGGACGGACGCUUCUUCUGGCCGCGUCACGCUGUGGCAAUGUCGGUACAAUCUCCUUUGCGAUGAUGUAUGCCCUUCUACAACCCGUUUCACAUAUCACGCGAGCCCUGGCGUUGUACAACCGCGGGGCAGAUAUUACGGCAGUUGACAACGCGGGGAAUAACACCCUUCACUACUUAGUUGCCGUGCAGUGCGGUGGCCACGCUGCUGAGGAAGAGUAUCGACGGACUUUACUCCAUCAAACGAACAAGGAGGGCAAGACAGCUUUAGAUAUUGCUCGAAGCGCCGAGCAAAAGUGGCGUCUUGAGGCGAUCCGUGAUGCAGGCCUGGAGAUCGAAGGAGCCCAAGUCCCGUGA